CAGGUCUCGGGAUGGUGUAGAUGACUGGCGGUUCUUUCGGGCGGUUCUUUUGUUCAUCAGACCCUUGAUUCAACCGGCCUGGAGAGUUUCUACCCACAUGGGGGGGGGUGUAUUCAUCGGCAAAAUGAGCCAGUUCUUACCAUACCCAUCCAUACCCAGAUCACCCAGGUUUCACCAUGCACCGUUGCUUGCGCGCCGAUGCUGGCUUUAGAUGUCGAGGCCGGUGAGUGCCUUCGUCUUUCCCGGUCGCACGGAUCAUGUCGAGCCUUCCUUGCUGAUUUGCCGCAACCUCGUCUCCCUGGGAUGGCAGAUCGAAUACGUUUGUGAAGAACGCUAUGAGGAACAGAUCCGGGACGCGGGGGCAGCCUUCCAUGACAUCGAGGAUCUUUGUACAGCUCAUGGCCUGGACUUGAAAAGGAUCCACGAGGACUAUGAGGAUCCAACUGCCACCUGGUCGGCGCAGUUUGGAAGCAUUGCCACUGAGAGGCUGAUUCCAGUCUUCAAGGACUUCUUCAAAACUCUUUCGCCCAAGGUGGUCGUCUACUGUCCAAUCCUGUGUGGCUACGCCCAUUUCGCGGCCACGUGCCUGAAGAUCGUGGACGUGUCCGUGCUGACUCGACCCGGGCCGGGCUUCUUGAACGCUGAGCUGGCCAAAAACAACGAGACGCCCGCAGGCCUCAUUGAGAAGAUUCGGGCGAAUCUGCCCAAUGCCAAGGCGAUCGAACAAGUCCGCAGGCUCUUGCAGAAGCCUAACCUUUCUUUGAACAGCUCUGAACCCCUGGUGCACGAGAAUUACACGCAUUUGAAUCUGGUCACAAGCCUGCAAUCCUUAGCAGAUCCGCUGACCGAGAAGGAUGCGUGUGUCUUCUUUGUGCAGGGCAAAAAGUUCGAAUUCGUGGGGCCUUUGAUGAAGGUUGAUCGCAAACAGUCAUUCUGUAUAGACCAAGAUCUAGCGCACGACAUUUCACAGGCCAUGCGGAACAAGAAAGACAUCAUUUUGGUCUCCCUGAUGCAUCCAACUCCAAGUUCUGAGCUGGGCGAGGUGCUUUGUCGGACCAUUUGCAAAGCCUGCGGACCUGGGAGCUCCCUCGUUGCAGAUCCCUUGGUGAUCUUCUCCAUCGCGUCCCAGCUCGACCUCGACGACAAAGAGGCGUCCUGGCCCGAGAAUUGCCGCACUACAGAGGUGCCUUCUGUGGAGUUGUUGAAGUUGGCGGAACCCACGCUCUUCAUCACUCAUGGAAGCCAGACGGAUUUCAUGGAAAGCUUGUCAGUGGGGAGCCCAUUGAUCAUUUGUCCAAGUUCACCUGAUCAUGCGGAAGAACUCUUGAAUGCCUCGCGCGUGCAGCACCUGGGGGUGGGUGAAAAGGUGAUCUUCACUGGAGAUCUGGUGGCCUACGAGGCUCAGCUCUGGUGGUCGCUCGAGCAGCUCCUGGGCACCGGCACCCGUCGCAGCUUCCGCCUCAAUGCCCAGUUGUUGGCCGAGGAGAUCCGUGACUCUGGCGGUACGGACCGCGCCAGCGAGCUGAUCCAGGACACGGCGCCGCGCUCGAAGCGCGCCACCGUGCAGUCGCGCAUCAGUCGGUGAGCGAGAGCCACGAGCCACCCACCGUGAGGGUGACGGAUGACCGAAGCGACCGGGUGGAGCCUUCCGUUCGAAGAGUCGCGGCGUUUUCGGCUGAACACGGCCGCCUUGGGGCUUCAUCGGCAGGGUCACGCGUUCGUUCGAUGUAUUUUUGCCUUUUUUGGGGUCGGGGCGUGAGUGCCUUCAGUGCGCCGCGGAUCAGCGAAGCUGAUGCCGGUCCUUCCAGGAUGGGGAGUUUCACCAGAUAGCGCCAAAAGGGAGCGGAGAAGGCUGAAGACGAAGGACACUUGAGGCCACCAACAACUCGAAGUUGAGGUCUACCGAGUGCACUGUAAAUGAGUG